GCCGGGCAGGGAGGGUGCCGCGUCCCGGGCCGCUGCUCCGCUCCGACGGCGCAAUGCUGCGGGAACGCACGCUGCGGCUGCAGUUCGGGAACCGGAUCGAGGCCAUCUGCGUGGUGGGCACCCAGGUCGCCAUCGACGUCUACGGGGCAGCUCCUGCAGAGGCCCUGACGUUCAGCCUGAAGCACACAGAUGGCGUGGAAGUGGAAGUCAUCAGCAAUGACCAGCUGGAGCCAGCACCCACCAACGGCGGGAAGCAGUGGCCGCUGGACGCCAAGACGAACCUGAAGAUCCAAAUGACCCGACCCAGCACCGAGGCCAACGACAACAAGGUAACUGUAAACUACUAUGGCGAGAAUGGAGGCCCCCCUAUAGACCAAGCUGGCAUUUUCCUGACAGGCGUUGGGAUUUCGUUGGAUGUUGACGCAGACCGUGACGGGGUGGUGGAGAAGAACAACCCCAAAAAGGCAACGUGGACAUGGGGUCCAGACGGACAGGGGGCCAUCCUGCUGGUGAAUUGCGAUAAGGAAAAUCCGUUCACAGCCAUGGAGGACUGCCAGGACGACAAAGUGUAUUGCAAAGAAGACCUAGAGGACAUGUCCCGGAUGAUCUUGCGAACACAGGGCCCCGACAGACUCCCUCCUGGCUACGAAAUGGUUCUCUACAUUCCUAUCUCUGACUCUGACAAAGUAGGAGUCUUUUACCUGCAGAACCCAUUCUUUGGCCAGCGCUACAUCCACGUCCUGGGCCGAAGGAAGCUCUUCCACGUGGUGAAAUACACCGGAGGCUCUGCAGAGCUGGAAUUCUUCGUGGAGGGUCUCCGCUUCCCAGAUGAAAGUUUCAGUGGGCUGGUUACAAUCAGCGUCAGCCUCCUGGAGAAGUUAGCAGAGGGCAUUCCGCAUACCCCCAUUUUUACAGACUCCGUAGUUUUCCGUGUGGCUCCGUGGAUAAUGACCCCAAACACCUUGGCACCAGUCAGCGUUUUUGUGUGCAGCGUAAAGGAUAAUUAUCUCUUCCUGAAGGAGAUAAAGAGCUUGGUGAGCAAAGCCAACUGCCAGUUGAAGGUGUGCUCCAAGUAUAUGAACCGUAGCGACCGGUGGAUGCAGGAUGAAAUUGAAUUUGGCUACAUUCAUGCCCCCCACAAAGGUUUCCCGGUGGUUCUGGACUCCCCAAGGGAUGGGGGUCUUCAAGAUUUUGCCAUCAGGGAGAUUUUGGGUCCAGAUUUCGGCUACGUGACCAGGGAGCCCCUGUUUGAAGUAGUCACCAGCCUCGACUCGUUUGGGAAUCUGGAGGUCAGCCCUCCAGUGACCGCCAACGGAAAGGAGUAUCCCUUGGGGAGGAUCCUGAUUGGAAGUAGCUUCCCUACCUCUGCUGGGAGGAGGAUGACGAAGGUUGUCCGGGACUUCCUCUCGGCCCAGCUAGUCCAGUCGCCCGUGGAACUCUAUUCCGAUUGGCUGACCGUGGGUCAUGUGGAUGAGUUUGUGACCUUUGUUCCCAUUCCUGGCAAAAAGCAAUUCCGGAUGCUCAUGGCAAGUCCAUCUUCCUGCUACAAGCUGUUUAGAGAGAAACAGAAAGAAGGUCAUGGCGAAGCCGUCAUGUUCAAAGGGUAUACCGGGACAGACACAAAACGAGUUACCAUUAACAAGGUCCUCUCCAACGAGGUCAUGGUGCAAGAGAAUCAGUAUGUGCAGCGCUGCAUCGACUGGAACAGGGACAUCCUGAAGAAGGAGCUGGGCCUGGGGGAGAAAGACAUCAUCGACCUCCCAGCACUCUUCAAGAUAGACAAGCACGGCAAAGCCAUGGCCUAUUUCCCCAACAUGGUGAACAUGAUUGUGCUGCAGAGGGACCUGGGCGUCCCCAAGCCGUUCGGGCCCGUCAUCGAGGGAGAGUGCUGCUUGGAGCAACACGUCUGCUCCCUGCUGGAGCCGCUGGGGCUGGAUUGCACGUUCAUUGACGACAUCUCCUCCUACCACAAGCACCUGGGAGAAGUCCACUGUGGAACCAAUGUUCAGCGGAAGCCUUUCUCCUUCAAGUGGUGGAAGGCCGUCCCCUGAAAAGACUGUGGAAGUCAUAAAUCCAAGGAAGGAUUCAGGCAGCAAUUCUUCCCCCAGCAUGUAUUGACCUGUGCCGCCCGUCGCGGAGAGCUUUGGGUCAAGGGGAACCGGUUCGCUUUUCCAGGGCCUCGUGCACCGCGGACUCUGGAACCGGCUCUCCUUGGAGAAGUGGCGCAAGUCAGUGGGCGCUUGGGGGAGGUCUGGCUCUUCCUCCGAAUCCUCCCAGAGAAAGUGCCUUGCCUUUCAUUUAGUUUCUUUGUUUACUUGGAGAGUGAUCCGCGUGUGUGAGGGAGCAUCCGGGUGGUGUGUGGGUAUUUUGUGUUCUGUUUCUCAGUAACUCAGUAACUCUGUGCGUGCUGUGUGUGUGGUUCAUUUUGCCGACGGGGCUACCCAGGUGCCAUUCUCCUUCCUCUCUUCUUUGUGCAUGCAGCAGACCCAAAGCCCAUUCCAUACUGUGUGUGUGUGUGUGUGUGUUGGGAGUUAUGGCAGCUGGAGGUUGUUUUGCUGGUUUGGGGGCAUUAUACCAAAACAGAGGUUAGGAAACCAUGGAGCAGAAGCCCCUGUCUCCUGACUUCAGGUGGCACCGAUUUGAAAUGAUGAUGAUGAUGAUGAUGAUGAUGAUGAUGAUGAUGAU